CUUUAGACAGAAGACAAUUCCCGACAGGCGGGAAUUUGACACGCCGAAUAAUUCCGGGUCCCGGGUUUUAGACAUAAGACGGAUUUUACAUCUCGGUACCCGGAGUUGUAUAGACAACCAUAUUUCGUAUCCCGGUACCCGGAGUUUAGACAACUGUACUGUCGCACUAAAAAAAUGGCGGACAAACUUUCACACGUUUCAUCCUUCUCAGUUAAAGAGAUGUGUGAAUGGGUGGAUAGCAUCUCAAAAGAUCUCACAACCAUAUUUAAAGAUUUUUUGUUAUGCUGCAACAACUAUAUAUUAACAAAAAAGAAAGAGUUGAGGACAGAGACAACUCCUGGUGGUGCUGCCACAUCGACUGCGACUACCCAUAGAAGUUCCGCUAGGAGCCCAAACCAUAGCCAGGCUCAGAGUGCACCAGACAAUAUCAUGGUAGAUGUUUCGAGGUUUGGACGGAGGAGGGUACCAAAAAGAUUUGAUGAAUAUAUUAUGUAAAAACAAUAAAAAUAAAAAUAAAAAAUGAAGUUC